AUGGUUCCACAACAACAAGAAUUAAUAUGUUCAUUAGAACUUGAAUGUUCUAGAAAGUUUGGGAAUAGUAAAUAUAGUUUUUAUUAUCCAAUACAAUUAGAAAACUUUCUAAUUAAUUGUUGGAAAACUUCUACUAGUUCUGAAAGUCAACUUACUGCUCCAUCAAAUUCUUUUUUAAAGUCUUCAUCAUCAUAUAAUGGUAAUAGUAGCUCCGCAUCACCAGCUGAUAGAUUCUGUUGUAUCAUAUAUGAAAAUGGUUCUGUUGUGCUUCCAAGUGUUGAUAUUCGUAUGCGUAACUUUAGUUGGGCUAAAACAUUUUCAAAAAGAAAUGAUUUUUCUAAAGAAGAAUUAGAAACCUUAUUAAGUGAUAUUUAUACUCAAUGUUGUUAUCAUUAA